UUUGGACAACUUCGACUCGGCUGUAUAGGUUAUGAUCACAUCUGCGAUAAUCCAGUAAACAACUUUAGUCACGCUUAUUGUCGUCUAUGCGUUCAUUCACGAGGAACGCCCAUGGAAAUCGAGCGUCACAUAAAAAGCGCGUGUCUAUUCAAAGUUGAUUUAGUGAACGAGGUGACGUAGGACCACAAUAGUGCAUACGGUUAUUAAAAUCCGACUGAUUCGAGAUAUACAACGCUAGAAAAUGGCAAACACAACGGUCAUGCAUAAGGCGAAAGAAGAAGACAUUCUGGAAUGUUUUCUUUAUCCUAAAUUUUGCUACACCACGGAUCCAGACGCGGUAACGGAGGCGACGCUGAUUGAAGAAAUUGCCAAGUACAACGCGGAGAUCGCGCCGCUUAUUGUUGAUCAUAUAUGGCAUUGUGACAGUUUAAAUUUCCGUCCUAGAAUCAAGCAAGCAAUGUUAUUGAAUAGAAUACUUGAGGGAUCAGCUGUAGAAGAAGAUUAUCAUACCUUGCCUCAUAUAUAUGCAAGUCUGCGUUUUGACGAAGACAUAGGCGAUGAAUGGUUGACAGUGUUCCUGAUAUUUAGGCUUACUAAAGUUUUCAAUGGAUUGAUCGCCAGAGUAGUAGAUUCGGAUGGAGAAUUUCUCCUGAUAGAAGCUGCUAAUGUUCUACCAUUGUGGGCUAGUCCUGAGACAUGUCAAGAUCGAGUGUUCAUUCAUAAUGGUGACAUACAUGUUAUCAGAGAAAGAGGCACGUCAUUUCCAAAUUUAUUGAAUAAUAUAAAUGGCAAGCCAUAUAUCUCCAAGAUGUCUGAAAAAGUACAGCUUGUAUUGCAAAAACGAAUUGGUAUUUAUCCAGAUGAGAUACAGAAAAGGAAACAUAAGACUAGAGCGUUUCUUCCAGAAAAAGCAGCCUCUAUACUUCGUUUAGAACCAAGACUCAUAGCUCCAGCAAUUAGAACCAUUUGUCAUUCAGAUCCAUUGGAGCGCAGGGUAUGUCGCGCUAUGAGAUAUUUCCCCCCUGAGCAAAGAACUAUGGUCAAUCUCAAAAUGACCAAGUGUUUAUAUGCCAUGGCAACAUAUUGUCGUUAUACCGGUGAUCCAAGAACAGGUUGGAACAUACCACCUGCAACUUGCUCAAAAUACAAUGCUCAUGUUCUUGGAGUUAAAGUAGCAUGUGGUUUAGAGAUGCUAGUAGCUCGAGCCAAUGAGGAGCGUAGAAAAUGUACCAAAGAAAAGUCGGACGUGUCUGACGACACUGAGAAGUUAAAGCUGAACGAACCAGCCUUCAACGCUUAUCUAGCUCGUUUAGAGGCAAGCGGUUAUUUUAGAGAUCUGUUGGAAGGUAGCCAGGAACGUGAUAAAUUGCUGUCAACAGCAAAAGAGUAUUUCUUGAAGCAUGCGACCUUGUUUGAUAAUUUAACAAAUUUACACGAAAGUGAUGCUCAAAAAGUCUUAGAAGCAUGGGAGAAUAUACAGACCAAUGACAUUGAAAUGCAUGCUCAAGACGAGACCACACUGAGUCCUGCGGAUAGUGACAGUUGGCUUAAUAUAGAUCCGGCACAAUUAGAGACGUACUUAAAUCAACAGUGGGGCAACAUUAAAGACAAGAAAUUGGAUCAGGAGUCUUUGAGUCUUCGAGAGAAGGUGCAAUCGUUUCUCAACCAAACUAGCACUGUCGAUGGCGUGCAUUUUUUAGGGGAACAAUCAGUGGAAAACGAUGUGAUGCAAGAUGCAGAGGAUAGUACGCGAAUAGAGUUCGAUGCGGAUGCAUUUGACAGCGCAUUAAGAGGUAUUCUCGAUUUGGUCGUUCCGGGAGGCGAAGGAGAAUUUGAAGGUAGUUCGGAAGGAUCGCUUGGUGGCGAUGACGAAGAUAAGGGCGGGGAUAUGGACAAGUACAUGCGAUUGUUAGACUCGCAGGUGCAGUCGCAAUUGAUAAAAGAAGAGAACACUGUAACGGCUGAGGAUAACAACGUCGCGGAUCCUGUAGAGGCAAGUUUGCAAGAGAGUAUCGAGGCCGAGGCUGGUGGCUCCGGUCCUGCCGGGAAUAUAAUCGGCGGCCCUGUUCGUAGGCUCAUGCAUUUGCAGUUACAAUCGCCCACAACAGUACCACCUGACUUGCAAAGUUAAUGGCACUUUUAAUAGACGAUUGAUAACGUUAAUUCAUAUUGACACUAAACAUCAUAAACAUUCUUGCAAUUCUCGCUUCAUUACAUUCUCUGCAAAAUACAUAAACAUUCGCCAUUUACAAAGAGGCAAGUCGAUAUCGUGAACUAAAAAUCUUGUUACUCUAUCUAAAUUAUUAUUACAUUUAUUAUCUAAAGUAUAUACUUAAUGUUAUUGAUCGGAGCACUUUUAUCACACGGUUAGUAUCAUCGAUACAUAUUUCUAGAGAUCACGAUUGUAUUCUCAUCACUCGGCUAUAUAUCACUGUUUUUCAUACAUAUAUACAAGACGUCUGUCCCGUGAUUCGCAUUUCAAGAUACUUUAACAGGAAAGUUCGUGAGAAGAACCGAAACAAUACUAAAAAUAUUUGCGUCUCUCUAUGUCGACCAGCUAGUUGUUGCGAGCUAUUUUGUUGGUAUUUCGAAAUGUCAAUUACGACAUCUUGUAUAUAUAUAUAUACAUAUGACGAAUAUAUAAGAUGUUAUUACUGCAGGCCAUAGAGUUAGUCGGUAAGAACAAAGUAUUCUACUACUUGUACAUGUACCAUUUUGUUUCCACUUUUAUAACUAAUUUUAAUAAGCAUCGGAGACUAUUCUCUUGUGUAAAGCUUUGUACAUUUCAAUUGGAAUAAUGAGACACGUUGGACGUUU